AUGCCCAAGCGACGGAGCCAAACCGACCGGCUGACCGUCGAAUCCGAGCUGGCCGGUCUCGGUGGCUCUGGCGGCCUGGCUGCGCUGCGCCGAGUCCGAGUCCGUGGCGGCCCAGCUGCCGUUGGCUCGCGCCAAACCGGGGCCGGAGUGGCGCGACGCCCGGACGAGGUGGCUGGGCCUGGGCGGCUGUACGGUCAGCGAGAUCUGCGAGGCCACUCGGCCUCCAGCCUCCGCGAGCCAGACCAGACUGGAGAAAAGGAGGAGAAGGAGGCCUGGCAAGUUAUGCAGCCGAGGCGGAAAAAGUGGCCGCCAGACUAUCGCGGAUUGUCAGGCCAGACGAAAAUGAAAAUCACACUUGUCACACGAACAGCUGACAGGUUGGAGAAUAAAGUAGGCCGUUCGAUAGGAUGA